AUGGAGAACUGCUGGUUCGUUUUGAAGCAGACCCAUUAUCCCGCCCCCGAUUUGGAUAGCAUGCGAAAGGGCAAGCCCACAGGCCCAAUAUCACUAGGACACAUUAUUCGCGACCUAAAACAUCUCGACCAAGUCAUCAACGCCGAGUCGAUUGAGCCGUUCACUAGAGCGAUGCAAAUAUGGCAAACCAGGAUGGUAGACUUCAAAUGGAGCCAGGCAGAGGAACAGGCGACAGCAGUUGGAGCGAGUGUUGCCGUACCCAUAGUUGCAGCAGCGGGUCUUGCUGUCGGAGCACAUGCCGGUCUCGCAUUUCGUCAAUCAGUUAAAAAUUACUGGCAGUUUGAGCAUUUGGAUCGUUAUAUUGUUCAGCCAACUUCAUCAUACGUGAACGACUGUUUGGAAACGGAAGAGCUCGCCCAGUACGUGGAAGAAGUUCAGAAACUAGGGUAUUGGUCCUUUUUUAUGAUAACUGGCCUUAUUGUGGCCCGCGGUGGUGGUAAAAACACCACUGCUGAAGCUAGUGGCCAUGAGGUCUCCGCUGGCAUAAAUAUGUCCUUUCCGACAUUGCUAGAAGUUGGGCCGGAGGUCACAGUCUCGGAUUCGAAGGAAACAAACCUUGAAGUAACUCAUACCACUGACUUUGUCUGGGCCCUUAGGCUUGCAAAGAUUUCCAAGGGUGGUCUUCAAAGAAACUGGUCGAUGAAAACAAUAUUCGGGCGCGAGUCUUUCUUCGGCCAGCCAGCUCUCUUCUCUGAAGAAAGGGAGAAGAUUGAUAUUGAAGCCGUCGUGACCGCUGAGGGAUCACGAUCGGACAAGUUUCGAGUGGUUCAGGAUGAUAGUCUGGAUUCAGCCUUUAUUCUCUUUGGUCAGGAUGUCGCCGAUUCCAACUAA